ACUCGUGUCCCGUAAACAAACAACGUCGUCUACGGCCGGUCUUGACUUUUUCAUCAAUCGGCAUACCGUUUCAUUUGUACUCUUAACGUGCUAAACAUUUAUUGCAUAGUAAAUUAUACAGCGGCUCUAUUUUGUGUAUUUUUUGUUUACUUAAUCGACUUGUGUUGAGGAUAAUCGCCUACGUAAGUUUGUGAAAUCCACAUAAUAUUGCCGCAUUACACGUUAAAAAUAUGUCCGAAGUGGCCGCAGAAAAUAACGUACCAGUCGUUGCAGUGGAACCUGUCGUUAACAACGGCACCGCUGAAAUCAAUCAAGAGGGCGAAAAACGUGGACGUAAGAGAAAUGCUGGUGGAAAACGAUCUAAUGCUUUAGAUAUUAUUAAUGCUGAAGCUGAAUUAAUUACAAAAGGUCUUAAAAGUACUGAAGAUGUUGAUGGAAGAAGAACAACUAGGUCAUCUACAAGAGGUUCCACUGCUGCAUCAAAAGCUAAAAGUGAUGCACCACCAGCAAAAAAAGAAAAGAAAGCCCCAACUGAAAAAGGUAAACGAGGGAGAAAACCCAAAGUAGUUGCUAAGGAAAGUGAAGAAGAAGAAGUUGUGUCUGCUGAAGAAAAUGGUAUUGCUGAAAAUGACGAGCUAAAAGGUGACAAAGAAGGUAGCUCAACUGAGGAAGAAGUUGACUUAAAAACAGAAGAAAAAAUAGUAGAAAAUGGUAAUGCAUCUAUUGAGGAAGAAAAAAAAGUUGAAGAGAGCAAAGAAUCAAUUGCUGAAACUGAAAAGACUUCAGAAAAAAUUGAAGAAAAUAAAGAUACCUCUGAAUCAUAAGAUGUUAAAUAAUCAAAUGCUGAUAUUUUAGUAUUAAAUUCUAAGUCUAGUACUAAGCAAAAAAAUAUAAUACUUAACUUUA